AUGGCAGACAACAAGCAAAACAUUAGCUACCAAGCCGGUCAAGCCACUGGCCAGACUAAGGAGAAGGCAAGUGGGAUGAUGGACAAGGCCAAAGAUACUGCUGCUUCAGCUCAAGACUCCAUUUCACAGGCGGGACAACAAGUGAAGGAGAAGGCACAAGGAGCUGCUGAUGUGGUGAAGGACAAGACCGGCAUGAACAAGAACACCUAA